CUUCUUAAUGAUGGCAUGAGUUUAUUAUGGUUGGACAAUUAUAAAAUUGUAAUAAACUCUCUUUUCCCCAGAAAUGACACUUAUAAAGAAGUGAAUGCUGCAGCAGCGGCACAACUUGUGCAAUACUUGAAUUUGCAAGAGAACACAUUGAUACAUAUUCAUGGUUACUUACAAUCUACAGAUAUGCCCCAAGUUGUGGCACUUAUAAAUGGUUACAAAGCUGGUUCUAAUUACAAUGUCAUAGGUGUAGAUUACAGGUAUGUCACACAUGUAGAUUAUUUAUUGGCAGUUCUUCUUGUCGAUGGUGUGGCUACAGUUGUUGUUCGAAGUAUAAACGAUAUGGUCGCUGCUGGAAUGGAUCGAACUAAACUAAUAGUCUCAGGAUUUUCUUUGGGUGCUCAAGUCUCCGCUUUCAUUGGACGCAAAUUACCCUUCGUCCUACCAAAGAUAAUAGGUGCGGAGCCAGCCGGACCGUUGUUUAAUAUUACCUCCCCCUCGCUAACUGCUUCUGAUGCGGCUUGUGUAAUAUGUAUUCACACCGAUAUGGGCUUCUAUGGAACAACUCAACCCUGCAACCACAUAGACUUCUAUCCAAACGGUGGCAAAGAACAACAACCUGGUUGUUCAUUAAUUACGUUUGGAGCUCUACUAAACGUAUGCAGCCAUGGCAGGGUCCAAAAGUAUAUGGCAGAAGCUGCUAGGUACCCGAACGCUUUCAUGGGUAUAAAGUGCAAUAGUUGGGACGACUUUAAGGCUGGCAAUUGCAAUCAGAAUGAUACAAUACCUAUGGGAUUCUUUACACCAUGCUCUGCGCGGGGUAAUUACUACCUCACCACAAAUAGUGCAUCUCCGUAUGGGAGGGGUUUAGCUGGAACAUCAACUUCCAAAAUGACGAACUAUCGACUUCUUGACAUUUUCAUAAUUAGUUGCUGGUUUUCGAGUACUACAGCUACGUCACCACUUCUUCACACAGUGACGUGGAAUCUUUGUGCAAAAAAUGGCACUCGUAUGACAGUGAAGUUUGAUCAGGCAGCACAACUUGUUCCACAUUUGAAUUUGCAAGAGAACACGCUGAUAUAUUGUCAUGGUUACACGGAGUCUACAGAUGUCACCGCAGUUGCUGCACUAUUAAAUGGUUUGACAGCUGGUACCAAUUUCAAUAUCAUAGCAAUAGAUUACAGGUUUAUCUCACAUUUAGAUUAUCUUACGGCAGUUGAUAAUGCCGAUGGUGUGGCUACAAUUAUCGUCCACGGUAUAACUAAUAUGAUCGCGGUAGGAAUGGAUAAAACUAAACUAAUAGCCUCUGGAUUAUCUUUGGGUGCUCAAAUCUGCGCUUUCGUUGGGCGCAAAUUACUGAAAUCAUCCCUCGUUCUACCAAAGAUAAUAGCUAUGGAUCCAGCCGGACCUUUGUUUAAUUUUACCUCCCCCUCGCUAUCUGCUUCUGAUGCGGCUUGUGUAAUAUGUAUUCACACCGAUAUAGGCUUCUAUGGAACUACUCAACCCGUUAACUACAUAGAUAUCUAUCCAAACGGUGGUAAACAACAACAGCCUGGCUGUACAGUAUUAACGCCAGGACCUCUACCAAACGUAUGCAGUCAUAUCAGGAGUGAGGUUUUUAUGGCAGAAGCAGCGAAAAAUUCGAAAGCUUUCGUGGCUGUGAAGUGCAAUAGUUGGGACGACUUUAAGGCUGGCAAUUGCAAUCAGAAUGAUACAAUACCUAUGGGAUUCUUUACACCAUGCUCUGCGCGGGGUAAUUACUACCUCACCACAAAUAGUGCAUCUCCGUAUGGGAGGGGCUCAGCCGGAACAGUUUACUAAAAGUGACCUAAAUAGAAUAUACUUCACGCGUCUCUUGCUCUUAGUUUAAACAUUUCUUGUUGUUUGAUUUAUGUAGGCGCAUAUAAUGGCGCAUAUAAUAGAAUCUUGUCAAUUAAAGCAAUGUUAGUACAUGUAUACGUAGAUAUAGAUUCGAACCGUAACUUUUUCGAUUAA